GGAGGGGAGGAGAGGGCUCGCCGCUCCCUGGAGACGUGGGAAGGGGCGGGUUCCCCAGCAGGUGCAUCCGCGGGUCUGUCGGAGGGCCCCUGAGGAGGGUGAGGAAGAAGGCCCGGGCUCCCUCCGGAGGCAGGACGAGGCGCAUCGCAGCCAGUCAGGAGUGAGUGUGUGUGUGUGCGUGUGUGUGUGCGUGUGUGUGUGUGUGUGCGUGUGUGUGCAUGCGUGUAGAGGCCACUCCUGCCCAGGCCCUCAUCCUGAAAUCGGUGCCUAAGGGGUCCCUAGAUCCCCCCCAGGACUCUGCAUUCUUAGACCUGCAAUCCGUAAGCCGCCUCACCCAGUUCUUCAUUCGGUUCUUUUGGUCUUCCCAGGAGCCACCCGGUUAAGACAAAACUCUGAAACCUUUAGUUAGGAAAGAGGGAGGUAUUGUGCCACCUGUCCAGAGUCCGGGCCGAGAUGGGGGGAGCCCAGGUGAGAGAAUCCUGGUUUCUAAAGAUCUAUGUAUUCAGAGGGUUUUUUUUUUUUUUCCAAGAAGAUAAAAGGCUUUCUGAUAGGCAAACCUCAUUUUCUAUUAUAGAAUCAACAUCUUUAGGAAAAGAGCUAUUCCCCAGACCUGUGAACUGGGGAGAACAGUUGCCCUUUAUUCGACGAGAUGGCUGAAGAGUCAGCUCAGUUGCUACUGUUUGGAGACCUCCCUGCGGGACAGGAGGGCAAGCUAAAGAGAGAUUCCUACCCACUUAUUCGGAUGUAAAUUGUACUUUCAUUCAAGGGAAACAACAGUAUAAAUAAAAUGUAAGAAUAGGAAGCCUAUGCAAGAGCUUUCUCAGACCUGGAAGAGCAAUUCAGUCUGGUGAGACACUUUCCAUCUGUCCAUUUUACAAGAGUUCUCACGAGCUCCUGCAGACCAGGGAACUGUACGGUAUACAAGCACAAACUUCCGAAUCUGAAAAGUCUCGAAUCUGAACCUCGGCUCAUGUUGGCCCUUCCCUGCCUGUGGAACUUUGGCCAAGUGACUUUAGCCUAAUUGAGCGCCUUGGGCUUGUCUAUAAUCCGGGAUGGGUCUCCCCCUUUCUUAGAAUUGCAAGACAGUUCUGUGAACUGACGGGUCUCCAAGAGGAGGGAGGUGAGGUCUGGGUCGGAAGCCUUCUAAGAACACUUAAAGGGUAACUGGUACACCCUUAUAACCUAAGAGGAAAAUGAGGGCUGGGUCUGUUUUCCAUCACAGGUCCAAUAAAGGGUGCAGUGUUGUUUGUGUAGAAUCUUGAAUUCCUUGGGCUUGAAGGAAAAAAAAUGAGAAGGAAGCAAAAGAUUCCAAUCAAAAGACCAAAAGCACAGAGCGGGGUGACUGUUCCCUUAGGACCAGCAGGAAGAAAUAUUUCCAUGUUUGCUUUCCCGCCCCCCUGCUCCUGUCUCCAACUGGACUCACUGGUGCCUGGUCGGCUACCUUUGGGGCCGUUUUGCAGCGUCCUGAUAGGUGACUCCGAGGCAGACUUCCUGCAUCCAGCCACACCCCCCGCUGAUGAGCUUACAUCUGCCCUUACCUGUUUGUUUCUGUUGUUUGGUGUUUCCCCCCCGCCAAGGUGGUCAAGAACAGCCCAUGGAAGACUCCUCUGAAGACGUGCCGAUACAGGCCCCACAGCCCGAGUGGACAUGUUUGGAUUUCCAACAGCUACCCUGCUGGACUGUCAUGGAAGAUACGCCCAGAACGUAGCGUUUUUCAAUGUGAUGACAGAAGCGCACAAAUAUGAUCAUGCUGAGGCCACGGGAUCCUCAAGCUGGGAUUUCCAGAGUUCUUUCAGAAGAGAAAAGCUGGAACAAAAAUCCCCGGAUUCUAAGACACUGCAGGAAGAUUCAGCUGGAAUUAGACCCAAGGUCUAUGAAUGCCAGGAAUGUGGAAAAUCCUUCCGGCAAAAAGGGAGUCUAACGUUACACGAGAGAAUCCACACUGGGCAGAAGCCAUUUGAGUGCAGCCACUGUGGGAAAAGCUUCCGGGCCAAAGGUAAUCUCGUUACACAUCAGCGAAUACACACGGGAGAAAAACCCUACCAGUGCAAAGAGUGUGGGAAAAGCUUCAGUCAGCGAGGGAGUCUGGCCGUCCACGAGAGACUGCACACGGGACAGAAACCCUACGAGUGUGCCAUCUGCCAGAGAAGCUUCCGGAAUCAGAGCAACCUUGCCGUCCACAGGCGAGUUCACAGCGGCGAAAAGCCCUACAGGUGCGACCAGUGCGGGAAGGCCUUCAGCCAGAAGGGAAGCUUGAUCGUUCACAUCCGGGUACACACGGGCCUGAAGCCGUACGCCUGUACCCAGUGCAGGAAGAGUUUCCACACCAGGGGCAACUGCGUCCUGCAUGGCAAAGUCCACACGGGAGAGACACCUUAUCUCUGUGGCCAGUGCGGGAAGAGCUUCACCCAGAGAGGGAGCCUGGCGGUGCACCAGCGCAGCUGCUCCCACAGGCUCACCCUCUGAACGCCUUCCUCAGAGGAAGCCCGCCUUUCCAAAAGAAACUCCUCUACCGUCAAACAGCCUCUCCAGGUCUAUGGAAUCCGUGCAGAACCUUCCAGAAAGACCCAUCCCUGGGUAGGGCUGAAACUGACUUUUCUCCCUUCCCCAAAAUGAAUAUAUAAGAAAUAAAUGUCUUGUUUAUU